CACUACACCGCUAAGGACACUCCUCUCGCUUUCAUUGGGCAGUUCCCCCACUGUGGAUGCCGGCGCCCCCCUGAACUUAUAACUAUAACCCUUGCCCAGUCUUCAGGUUGCCGAACUAUCGUUCUUCUCUUAUUCAGAAUUAAAUGAAAGAAACACGGCACGUUGGAACUAUCGUCUUACUACAUCUGUCGCUCAGGACAACCGAGGCUAUACAGUAACGCAGUUAAAAGAGUGAUAGCCUCGAAGAGACGCGCCCAUUGUUUAGAGUGAUUGGCGCGCAGAACGUAAUAGGCUAUGAUGUUGAUGUUUGACCAAGUGCUCAGUAGCAGUCUUCCAUAAGUGUUGCCUGUCAGUGUCCGUCAUCCUGUGCAAGUAUCAGAGUAAUGGAACACGUUCCUACCGCGCCACCGGCAACGUGUCCACGCAGGUCCAGCAUGGACAGAUCAGAAGCGGUAUCUCUCGGGAUUUAUUCGACUCCGAUUCCGGACAUAAUCAAAAUGGAAAUCCCUAAUUACAAGUUGAAAGAAGCAUUUGAAAGCCAGAAAGAGAUAGAAACCUCAUCAAACGUGUACGAGAACCCCAAAGCAGACCCUGAACACGCGUGUUGCUGCAGCUGUGUCUCUCGCCUGUCCAAGUUGGUGCCGAAGGUCUACCAGGAUGAGAUAAUCCACAUCCUGAAGCUGGCUGGACCGGUGAUGGUGUCUCAGAUGAUGGUGUUCCUCAUCAGCUUUGUCAGCACAGUGUUCUGUGGUCACAUGGGGAAGACAGAGCUGGCCGGCGUGGCCUUAUCCAUCGCGGUGAUCAAUAUCACCGGUAUUUCCAUUGGCAGCGGUAUGGCGUCGGCCUGUGAUACGCUCAUCUCCCAGACCUACGGGAGCGGGAACCUGAGGCGGGUGGGAGUGAUCCUUCAGCGGGGCAUUCUGAUACUGCUGCUGACCUGCUUCCCCUGCUGGGCCCUGCUGGUCAACACCGAGCCCAUCCUCCUGCUGGUGAAGAUGAGCCCGGAAGUAGCCAGACUCUCACAGUUCUACGUGCAGAUAUUCAUGCCUGCCCUUCCGGCUGCCUUCAUGUACCAACUACAGGCCCGCUAUCUUCAGAAUAUGGGUAUUAUAUGGCCCCAAGUGAUAACGGGACUUAUAGGAAACAUUCUCAACGCCAUCAUCAACUAUGUCUUCCUCUUCCCUCUUGAUAUGGGUGUCGGUGGCUCUGCAGUAGCCAACGUGAUCUCCCAGUACGUGCUGGCCGUGUCUCUCUUCGUCUACAUUAACUGCAGGGGACUACACAAGACCACAUGGGGAGGUUGGUCCCAGGAAUGUCUGCAGGAAUGGGGUCCCUUCAUCAAGCUGGCCAUUCCCAGCAUGCUCAUGCUGUGCCUGGAGUGGUGGGUCUUCGAGCUGGGAGGGUUCCUGGCCGGCCUCAUCAGUGAGCAGGAGCUGGGAGCUCAGUCAAUCGUUUACGAACUGGCGACGUUGUCUUACAUGUUCCCUCUGGGAUUCGCGGUGGCGGCCAGUGUGCGUGUUGGGAACGCUCUGGGUGCUGGGAAAGUAGAGCAGGCCAAGCUGACCAGCAAGGUGGCCAUCGUCUGUGCAAUGAUAGUCUCUGUUUUCGUUGGGGCUACUCUUGGUAUCUCAAAAGAUUACGUUGGCUACAUUUUCAUCAAGGAUCGAGGCAUUAUUGACCGGGUCGCUGACGUCAUGAUCAUAUACAGUUUCUUUCACCUGAUCGACUGCAUAGCGGGUGUGACGGGGGGUAUAAUCAGGGGGGCCGGGAAGCAAAGCAUAGGUGCCCUCUGUAACUUUGUGGGCUACUAUAUCAUCGGCUUCCCCAUCGGGGUGUCCCUGAUGUUCGCCGCUCACAUGGGCAUCGUGGGACUGUGGACGGGACUUUUGUUUUGCGUGGCGAUACAGGCCGUCUUCUUUCUGAUUUUCCUGUCUAAACUGAACUGGCAGAAGGCCAGCGAUGAGGCACUCGUGAGGGCUGGAGUCCAGAGAGUGGAAAUAAAGGACGAGAUCGAGAUGGAAUAUGAAGAUGUAGGCCCGGGCGCCCCCCAGCUCAGUCUGAGCCCGGAGGAGGGGGAGACGGUACCGACCCCGGACAUCAAGGUGGGCGGGGCCACCACGGUGGGCGUGGUACUGACCGGCAGACAGCUGAUUCUACGCCGCGGUCUGACCCUGCUGCUCGCCGUCUCCUCUUUGGUGGUUGCAGUCCUCCUGAAGUAUCUGUUCGUUUCCCUGCUCCGAUAGUUGCAACCACCACAAUAACUACUUUCUGCUUCUGAUCCUAUAGGGGUGUGUGUGUGUAUGUGUGUGUGUGUGAGUGUGUGUGUGUGUGUGUGUGUGUGUGUGUGUGUGUGUGUGUGUGUGUGUGUGUGUGUGUGUGUGUGUGUGUGUGUGUGUGUGUGUGUGUGUGUGUGUGUGGAGACAGACAUUUAUGGUGGAAGUCCAAGUCUGGAUUGAGUUUUUUGACUAACAUACUCAAACAACAUCAUCCAUGAACGGUAAUGUUGUUUUACAUCUGAACGUGCCAUACCCAAAUAAAACAUCAAAAUUCCAGCGUCUAUUCUCUCGCCAGUUGAGGGAUGCCUCUAUUUAUAUGGGGCUAAUUUGUGACGCUAUGGAAACGCCCUGGACAAUGUUUUACCAAACGGCCCCUAGAUGGUGCUAGAGCACAAGGCAAAUGCAAUUGCCGGUGAGCGAAGACCAUGACGUGAAUGCAAUUCCUCAAUUAAUAUUUAUCGUAAAGUUGGUUAACACAAUUUGCAUAAAGCCAGAGUAAAUUCCCAACCUGUUUGUCUGUUGUGCUUCUUGUUGCACAUAUUUGAGGUAGCCUAGUAACUGAAUUGAAGGUUCAAAACAUUAUUUUUCACUCUGCACUUUGUUCUAUAUGUCACAUUGUGAUACUUAGUCAUACACUUCGCGUUUCAAUUCACUUACUUUAGUUGCAUUAAAUUUAUGUUUACCGUUUCACAGCAGCUAAGGGAAAUGUGUAGUUUCUCUUAUGAGUCGGUGAUCGGGUUGGUGAUCUUUUAAUCUCUUAAUAAAAUAUGUAAAUCUA